CUCCAAACUGUACCUACUUCAGCACAGUCUUAUGAAAUGCAAUCAACUACCGACUUAAAUGACCUGUCUGAUGUUCAUGACCAUUGUAAAGUUAAGAUGGAAACAAGUAGUGAGGAAUCAAAAACCAUAGCAGCAUUAACAAAAGAGCAUGAGCUAGAGCAGCAAAUUUUGGUUCAAGAUGAUCCGGAAAGUGAUGAAGAAUCAGAACUUGAUUGUGAUUACUCUACAGAAGCUGAAUCGGAGGAUGAAGGGGGGAAAAGGGACGAAAAUGCAGAUGAGGUGUUAUUGGAGAAGAAGAAAAAACGCUAUUUUUGGCAAUAUAAUGUUCAAUCUAAAGGACCAAAGACUAUGAAACUAAGUAUCAAUGGAAAAUGUGGAACAUCUGAUCCUGUUUUUAAUGCUGAAUGCUCUGACAAGGGUGUGAAGCACGCUGGCAAGGCACGCCGAGGAGAUGGAAAUGACCUGACCCCAAAUCCAAAGAAACUUUAUCACAUUGGAUUAGAGCUGAAGAAGUUGAAUUCGGUAAUUGACGAGUUGAUUCCAGCAAAUGAGUUGCCCCUUAAUGCAAGGAUAAACUCUAGAAAGGAAAAGAACAAACUGGCUUCAAGAGCGUGCCGACUGAAAAAAAAGGCCCAGCAUGAAGCCAAUAAACUCAAAUUAUUUGGACUGCAGCAAGAACGAAAACACUUGUUGCUGGCAGUAACAAAAGCCAAGAAAUUAAUAAAGAAACGAAUACAAAAUGGGAUGCAAAAGGACAAUUUAUUGCUUGCAGAUGUUCUUGAAUCUUUCAUCAUAAGCGGAGAUACUCCAAAAGUUGCUGGAUGCUCUGCUGAUUUUGUAAACAAUGCAUUGAAGAAAGUGGGCACUGGUGAUGAAACUGGAGGAUUAAACCUAGUUGAGUCAAGUUAGUUCUAUCUUCAAUAUUAGUGUAUAUAGAUCUUAGAUCUAUAUAUACACUGAAGCAUCUUGAUGUAUCUCUGAUUCUUUUGCGUCUAGCAAGUAUGCAUUUCAUCAGUACUAUUGUUCCCCAUUACCAUGUUCUAUACAUUCAUACUUUUCAUAUGUAAAUGUUAGUUCAUCCACCAGUGUGAAUAUAGUGUAUAUUCUAAGUUAGUUUUCAUAUUUGAAUUUGAAAAUUGAGGUCUUGCAAAUUAUAUUCUUUAAAAAAAGUCAAUAAUAAGAAAAAAAAAUGAUAAAGUGAAAUAUGAGUGAACUUUUAUGUGUCAUAGCUUUCACAUGCACCUUUGUUGUUAAGAGAUAUUUUUUGUGCAUAAAUUUCCCUUUUUCCCCUCUAUUUUUCUUUUUUUCAUAAGAUGCAGUAUAUGAAUUUUUUUUCCUCAAAUGUUAAGGUUAAACCAUUCAAAAAGGCAUGAAUUUGCUAUAGCUUUGUAAAUAUUUGAUUUAUUAUUAUUAUUUAUUUAUUUAUUUAUUUUUUUGAAGGUCAGAUGAUAAAAAAUAAUUUUAUACAUAAUGCUGAAAAAGGGUAUUACAUCAUUAACACUGGAGAAACUGAAAAUUGCCAUGAACCUACAUAGUCAAAAAGGACCACCAUGGCUCCUUUGUAUCUUUUGAGGGAAAUUCUUUUAACAUUUCUUCAUAAUAAGUGGAUGUGCCUAACACAUCUCGGAUACCUCAUUAAAAGUUAAGCGAUAAUAGUGUCUAACACUGCUAUCUGUAUGCCAAAAUUUAAAAUUUAUUUAUUUAUCAAAGAGCAAUUAUUGCUCAGCUGGUCAAAGGUCUCCAGUUUGUAGCAUUUUGAAACUCAUACUGGCUGUAAAAAGGAAAAUGUCAAGGUGCAACUAGACUAAAUGUUGUAUUCACCAGCUAAUUGGAACUUUAACCAGACACCUAAACCGCCAAUUGAAACCUUCCUCUGCUAAGAAUUCAAUAGGCAGAUUUGAUGCAUGAUAGAUGUUCAAAUCAGCUUUUGAAUGCAAUCAUAAAGACCCUUAUUAUGUUACAGUAAUUAAGAGAAGAUUAUCAUGAUUUUUUUCAUCAAAAGAUUACAUUUUUCCAGUGUUAAUGUAUAAAUGACUCAAUGAUUCAAAUAAAUUCUGAUGAUUACAGAAAAACAACAAAUAAAAGUUUUUGAAUUUUAUAAUUUGUACAGUAUGGUAGCACUACUGUAACAAUUCCUUCAAUUUAAGAUACUUUUCAGAGACAUAGUUUUCAAUAUCUUAUUUUACCUUAGUUCUGCAAAACAAAGUGACUCCAUUGAAUACUAUUUUCUAAGCAUUUGACUGGUUCACAAUAGAAUGUUAAAUCUUUUGGAUGCUCUAGUUAAUUUAGAGCAUAUGUAAACCAUGCUUUACAAAAUUAAAAUUAUUUGAUGAAAAAGUUUUAAAAGAUCUUGUCCGUUGAAAUCAGUUGACCAAUUUUUCUCAACAUUGAAAUUUUAAAUUUUUUCUUAUCUUUUAUUGCUUCUCUAAUUAAGAGAUGUACCCUGUAUUAUUUAAGCUCUUGUACUGCUAAUACUAUAUUAGCUAUAUACUUAAAAAUGCAAUUAAGAUAUAAUUCAUACAUGAUUUUCUCUACAAAAAAGAUAUUUUAUCCUGUUUUUCAUAGGAGUAACCUAUAAUUUCCUUCCUUUUUUUUUAUAAAAAUAAGAGCCAGGUUUAUUUCGAAAAUAGAUGUAGCAAUUUUUGAACAUUCUCCAAAGAAAAAGAAGUAAGAUGCUUUUUUUUUUUUUUGCUAAAGCACUUGAUAUUUACAUCAUGUGCAUUCUUGUAUUGCAGAUACUUGAGAUUGGAGCUAAAAAUUAAGCUAAAGAAACUAUGAUAAAAAAUUUGAAACUGUAUAAAACAGCAAAAUUAUCAGCAAUAAAAAAAUUUAAAAAAUAUACAAAAAUUCAAAAGUGAAAAAUUAUUUACAAAUACAUGAAAUACAAAAUAAUUCAGACAAUAAAUGUCAUAAUCUCCUCUCUGGCAUGCCAAUAUCAGUCGCCAAGAUUUUCUUCUGUCAAAGAAUAUUUGAAUAGAUGUUCUUUGUCUUUCUCUAUGUUUUCAUUGCAUAAAGUAUA